AUGUUGACAUUUCUUUUAAGCUCCGGAAUUGCCGAUGAGUGCUCUAUGUAUAACUCAGAUGGCUGCACUGUUUGCACAACACACUAUCUCGACCGUAAUUGCGGCUGGAACUCUCGCGAUAACAUUUGCGAAAAUAAGAACUUAACAACAUGUCCAGAUAACGAAUUUUAUUAUAAAGACAACGUCAAAUGCGGCAAUACAAACUUCCCAACACCAACACCAACUCCAUGGCCAGUCUAUGAAGUCAACACUUCAUUCUGCCGUGCAUUGUCUGGUUCAUGGUGCAGCAAAUGCGUCUCUACAAAUGUAAACUAUAGUUGCGUAUGGUGCCAUAGCACACGCGAAUGCGUUAUGGGCGAUAAAGAUGGUUUCUUCUUCGGACAGUGCCCAGAUGAAAAGGGUGUUUCAUAUAAGGAUGAUGACCGCUGCAAGGGCAUUAUCAGCAAGGGUGGAAUUAUUGGCGUCCGCGUUGGUCUUGGCCUUGUCUGCGCUCUCUUUACGGCUCUCGGCAUCUGGGGUUGCUAUCACUUCAUCAAGACGCCAGCCGUCGAAACACCAAAAUAUGAUGAAAUCCAUUAA